CACGGACACACAAACACACACAUGACCUACCCCCACUUCCAAAAACAAUCCUCUCCCCCUAUAUUCCCUCCCUCUUUCCUUCUCGUUCUCCCUCCCUCUCUCUCCCUCUCUUUCUCUCUCUCUCUCUCUCUCUCUGAAUUCUGGACACAAGUUGCAAGCGCUCUCCGUGGAUAGACGGGACUGCAAGCAGGGCAGCGGCGGGGAGGUAGGGAAAGAAAGGGAGCGAGAGAGAGAGAGAGUCAUCAGGGAGGAGCAGCAGAAGAGUUUGAAAGAAGAAGGCAGAGACGGAGAGUAAACUCAGAAAGAGAGGGGGACAAAGAGAGAAAGAAGGAAAGAAAUACAGAAAAAAGAAGGAAAGAAAGAAAUAAAGAGGCAAACUUUGUGUCAGGGAUAAGAGGAGAAAGAGAGAGGGCGAGGCAGAGCGAGCGCUGUGUGCGAUGGGUCCGGUGGAGCGCUGCUGUGCGCUGCUCUGCGUGCUGUGCCUAUGCUGCAGAUGGGGGUUGCGGGGUCAGGACCUGCGCGAGCAGGACGCCGUGUGCCAGGAGGAGGGCUGCUUCGCCGUCUACCUCCAGCGCCGCACCUUCCUGGACUCCUGGAGGAGCUGCAAGGACCGCGGUGGCAACCUGGCCACCAUCAAGCGGCCGGAGGAGGCAGCACUGAUCCGGGACCUGUUCUUCGGCGUGGACCCGCGCGGGCAGGGCGCCCGGCUGCGCGUCUGGAUCGGCCUGCAGCGCCAGCCCCGCCAGUGCUCCCCAACCCGCCCGCUGCGCGGCUUCACCUGGAUCACCGGCGACCAGGACACCCAGUACACCAACUGGCUGCGGGAGGACCAGGCCACCACCUGCUCCGCCCCCCGCUGCGUCGUCAUGAUGUACGGAGGCUCCGCCCACGACCAGCACGACAACUUCAAAUGGCUGGACGGCUCCUGCGCGCUGCCCGUGGACGGGUUCCUCUGCCGCUACAACUACAAGGGCAUGUGCCCGGGCAUCCUGGACGAGGGGGGCGGGCCUCCCCUCUACACCACCCCCUUCAACCUGAUGAGCACCCUGCUGGCCUACGUGCCCUUCGGCUCCGUGGCCACCGUGCCCUGCCCGGAGGGCACCAAGGGGGACCAGACGGUCCUGUGCAUGCUGAGGGAGGACGGGUCCGUGGGGUGGUCCAAGGACGCGCCGUUGUGCUCGGACGCGCCCCAAAACUGGUGCGACCGGGACAACGGCGGCUGCGAGCACUUCUGCCUGAACACGGACGGGCACUACUACUGCGAGUGCUCCGAGGGCUUCGUCCUGGCCCAGGACGGGCAGAGCUGCUGGCUGGCCGACGCCUGCCGCGGGGCGCCCUGCGAGUUCGAGUGCCACCCCGCCGCCGACGGCUACCGCUGCGCCUGCCCGCAGGGCUACCUGCUGGCGCCGGACGGGCGCGACUGCGUGGACGUGGACGAGUGCCUGCAGGAGCCCUGCCCGUACGAGUGCGUCAACGCGCCCGGAACCUUCCAGUGCCUCUGCGGCGAGGGCUACGAGAUCGCCGAGGACGACGGCGAUGGCGACGGCGAUGGUGACGGCGUCAGCGAGUGCGAGGACGUGGACGAGUGCCUGGACGAGCCGUGCGAGCACGCCUGCGAGAACAUGCCCGGGUCCUACGCCUGCCACUGCCACCUGGGCUACGCGCCCGCCCCCGACGACCCCACCAGCUGCCAGGACACCGACGAGUGCCAGAUCCCCGGCACGUGCCAGCAGAUGUGCGUCAACCACGUGGGGGGGUUCGAGUGCCACUGCGAGGAGGGCUACGAGCUGCAGAUCGACCACUUCUCCUGCAGUCCUGUGCUGGACGACGAGGACGCCCCUACCGCCUCCCCUUCUUUCCUGGGGGUCUCCAGCUUUUUAGGGCUCCCCUGGGGGGAUCAGGGGCCCCAGUAUGCCUGGGAGCUGCCUGAUUGGAUGACCGAGCCCCCUGAUCUGGAGUGGUUCCCCACAGGCCUGGAUUGGUUCACGGGAGCCCCAGGGGAGGAGCCUGUCCCCACCCCACACCCUGAUUGGAUCCCCGACAACCCUGUCCACGACUGGGCCGAUCCUGAUUGGAUAGAGCGUGCCAAGCCUGCCUUGACACCUGCCCCAGGAACCACUCCUGCACCUGACUGGAUUGAGGAUGAAACCACUCCCACCCCUAUACCUGAUUGGAUUGAGGAUGAAACCACUCCCACCCCUAUACCUGAUUGGUUUGAGGAUGAAACCACUCCCACCCCUAUCCCUGAUUGGUUUGAGGAUGAAACUACUCCCACACCUAUACCUGAUUGGAUGGAGAAAGAAACCACGCCCACUCCAGCACCCAACCGAGUGGCGGAAGUAACCACUUCCACCUCUUUACCUGAUUGGCCAGUGGAAAAAACCACUCCUGCACCAGGCUGGCCAGAAGCAGAAACCACACCCACCCCAACACCUCAUCGUUUUGAUGUUGAACAGAAAACGAGCCGAUCGUCUCCCAGCGUUUCUCCAGGGGGAGGGGCAGUGUGGGAGCGGCUGAGGCCCAGCCCUACUCUGGCUGCCCCAGUGGAUAGCGUAGGGCUGGGGUCCACUGUGUCUGAGGGCCUGGGUCCGGACAGGGCCCCGGAGUAUGAAUAUGGGGUGGAGAGAGGCGACUCCUUGCUGGACUCCAGGGCCAGUGCGGUGGAUGUGUUGGACCCUGCCAGCGGGGCGACGGGACAGGAGGCGCGGGUUCCCGCCCCGGAGUGGUACACCGCCGCUCCCCCGCCCCUCACCCCCCUCUCCCCCUUCACGCCCAUCCCAGGGGCGGAGGGCGAGCCAGAGCGGGACAGCCGGCAGCGGCAGGACAGGAGCUGGCUGGUGGUGGCGCUGCUGGUGCCCCUCUGCAUCUUCGUGGUGGUGAUGGUGGCGCUGGGCAUCGUGUACUGCACCCGCUGCGCCGUCCAGCCGCGGAGCAAGAGUGUCACCGACUGCUACCGCUGGGUGACCAGUUCCAAACCUGCCACCGGCGCUGCCUCUGGCUCCGCCACCCCUGGCACCAAAUCUCGCGUGUAGACUGCAGGGAACGCCGCACGCGCAUAAACGAACGAACUAAGGGAGAGACGGAGGGUAAAGCAGAUGACUUUUCAGGCUCUCUGUCUGUCAUCGUGAUGUGAGGCUUACUGUGGACCUUGACUGACUUAGUGCAGGAAGAACAGACCUCCACAAACCACUGAUCCGUUUUCUGUUGUUGCUGUUACUGUUGUUGGUGCUUUGAGCCCCUGUGUUCUCACUUUACUCAUAAGAUUAUUCUGUUUUAAGGCCAUGGAAGCAUGCCUGGUGAAGUAUGUUAGUUUUCUUUUCUGUGUGGGGGGGGGGGGGGGGUAGGGGGGCUGUUACGUGCAAAACAGAGGCCACACUGUACCUUUCAUUGGUGCUAUUUUCCCCUUUAAAGGAAGCAGUAUUUUAGAAAAAAAAACGACAACAAUGGCUUAUUAUUUUUCAUGAAAUCUCACUGCUGCAGGUGACAGCAAUGCUGAUUUCUCAUAUACUCUAUCAAUCCCAUGCUGUUAUCUAUAUACAGGGCCUAUUAUUGUCUGACCGAAUGACAGCGCACCGUGCUUUUUAGAGUUUGUCUGAUUCGGAUUCGGUGUACAUUUUCACCUCUCUGCAUGAUGUGCGAGGCAGCCCUGAAACCUCUGGGGCAGCUCGAUGCAGACGGAGCUGCCAAACAGAAACUCUGGGGCUUUCGCAUGGAUUCACUCUUAGACGGAGUGGGCCGCCAUUGCAACAGAGCGAGAGGUCCUUGUGUGUGCGAAUGGGGCGUCUGCCUCAAUGUGUGUGAGUGUAGAAAUCUUCGUUUAGAGGCCGUUGAUGCAUGAACAGCGUGAUGGAUUUGGCCCGGAUUGUGCAAUAGGCAAUUGGAAUCAUAAUCUGCUCAUAAAAAGCUGACUCCAGAGAGAAAGCAUGGCACUCCUGUGUGUGAGAGGUUUUGGGGACGUCUUGUUAUGUACUCCCUGACCUAGACACAGUUAACGGUGGGGGGGCUUUGACUACUUUCACAGUCCAAAGUUUAUCAGUUCAGGGACACCGGAACCCCUCCUGAACUGAAUUCCUGGCUAUGCCGCUGUUCCUGACUGCAGUUCCUCCAGUGAACAGGACCCAUCCUUAAGCAUGCUGGUGGUUGGAGGCUCACAGUAAUUCGCUCAGUUUGUUGCUGAAUGAUUAUUUGACUGCAUGGUGUGUGCAGUACGGCUGUCACCGGGCAUGUUGUAAGGUCCGGAACACAGCCAAUGGGGACAUUCCCAUAACCCUCUGUUUCACCCAGACCAUGACCACAGUUACGUUUGCACUUUGAAGUUGCAUUGUUCCCUCUAACCUCUGAUGAUGAUGAUGAUGAUGAUGAUGAUGAUGAUGGAUGAUGAUUAUGAUGAUGAUGAUGAUGAUGAUGACAAUGAUGAUGAUGAUGAUGACGAUAAUAAUAAUAAUAAUAAUAAUAAUAAUAUAAUAGCAUGAUAUAUUUGUACAGUGCUAUUUUUGUUUGCUCAAAGCACUUGGAAAUGCAAAAAUUAAGACGAUCCAAUGAAAGUAGUUUUUAAAUACCAGCAAUAAAAAAAUGAUCAAGGAGGCAGAAUGA